AUGUUCAGAACGAACACAACGUCGAAGGGGGACAGAGGGAGCGACUCGGAAAACACAGACAGUAAUAGAUCGCCGGGGGACUCAAGGGACUACCCAAUUUCGGGGGAUGGAAAUAAUAGCAGUGAUGAUGGCAAGCGAGUGGGUGGGGAUGAUCCACCGCAUAAUAGCAGUGACAGUCAGAGGGAGAAGGAAAAGAAGGACAGCUCGGACGGCGUUUCGCGUAAAAGCGAAAAGAGAGAGGGAGAAAAAGAAGAACUCAAAAUGGUGAGCGAAACGGAGGAAGAAAGCCGGAGGAGAAAAUCCUCCAGAAGCGAAAAAAAAAAGGCAUACAAAAAAAGUGAACACUAUAAAAAAUAUUUCACCAAGAAGGACGACCAGGGAGAUGCAUCCAGCAGGAGGAAGGACGCUGGAGGUGAUUCCGAUGAGAAUUUUUUUUCUGCAAAAAAAAAAAUCGGGAAAAAAAAUGACGACCAGUGUGCAAACAGAGGGGACCAAGUGGACGAAGAGAAUGUCGACAUGUCAAUUUUUAACGAUGAGAAUGGGGCGUGCUCCAUUUUUUCGAGGUCUCCGGAUGGACGAGGCGAGGGGGGGGGACGCAGUCGAAGGAUCGGCGCGUCGUCGUCGCGGAUGUCAUCUAGGUCGUCAUCAAAGUCGUCACCCAAGUCGUCACCCAAGUCGUCACCCAAGUCGUCAUCCAAGUCGUCAUCCAAGUCGUCAUCCAAGUCCUCAUCGCGGAGGUCUUCCUCUGCGUCUGCUUCCCCCGCUUCUGCCUCGCGCUCGAGGGGGCACCGGAAAGGCUCCAGUGGGAGCGGCCCGUCCGACCCGGAGAGCGCAGGGCGAUAUCGCGACGGGGAAAGCGAAAGCGAAAGCAGUGGAAGUGGAAGAAGUCGAAGAAGUAGGAGUGGAAGAAGUAGGAGGAGUGGAAGAAGCAGGAGGAGUGGAAGAAGCAGGAGGAGUGGAAGAAGCGGGAGAAGCGGGAGAAGCGGGAGAAGCGGGAGAAGCCGCACCCCCGAAGAAGCGCCCCGCCUAAUUAACAACAUCAAACAGUUCUGUAGCAGCAUCAUCACGAAGAGAAGGAACGAGUCCGAGGGACCCUCCCCGUCCAAUGCUCUCAACAAAAAGAAGGAGUUCCUGCUGAACAUUUUAUCAAAUUCGAACGAAAUGAACAUAAAGCUAAAUGAGAGUAAAGAGAAGGUACGAGAUGUGAAGAAGGACAAGGAUGACAUGAUGAAAAGCGAAAAAAUUAUGAAGAAUAUUUUGAACUUUGGAGAAAAAAACUACGCAGAUGAUUCGUAUUAUAGUAAGGCCAACCUUGUCACCUCGAAGAGUCCCAAAGGGGAUAAUCAAACGAUGAGGACAGCUGGGGUAGUGAACGACAUGGGAGGGUUGCACCCCCCAGGAGAGGUUCACACCGUUGGAGCGGGGAUCACUGCAACGGGGACCACUGCAACGGGGACUACCGCAACCACCACGUACAUACUACCAGGGAAAGAAGAAGAACUUAGGAGAGGGAUGAUGAUGAGGAGGGGACACAAAGGGGAACUGCACCAAAAAGAAAAAUGGGAAAGCAACAAAAUGAGGAACAUAAGCUCAGUUUACGAUAAGUACAAAAUAUUGCUAACGGAUAUAAAGUCAGGAGAGUAUCUGAAUUCGAUAGAAUCCAAGUUGAGUGUGAUCGAGAAUUCUCUCCUGUGUAUGUCGGAUUUACAAGAAGGUGGAACAGAUGAUAGGAUAGACGUAAAGAGGAAGCUAACUGAAUUGUUCGACACGGCUGUUGAUCGGCUGAUGGAGAGUUAUGAAGAUGUGAAGAAGAAAAACGAUGCACAAAAGAUACACAAGGAGCAACUCAACCUGACAUGCGAUUUUAACCUGUUCCUUCGUCUCUGCAAAACGAUGCUCAAUGACCAACAGAUGGUUUAUAAUUAUAGCAAAAAGAGUAUCAUUUUUUACAACAACAUUUGUAGGGUAAAUUACGUGUUGGGGGUGAAUAGGAACAGGGACAUCCUCUUUAACUUGCACUGCAGGAGGGGGUACUUGGUCCUUUCGGAGCGUGCCGCGGAAGGGGAGAGCUCCACAGGGGAGAGCUCCAAAGGGGAGAGCUCCACCGGGGGGGCUGGUCGACGCAGGUAUGGUGGGCCCUACCAAGGGGGGCUUCCUUCUGGAGGAGCCACCUUUCCCAGACGGAAGAACCAUAUGCGUUACGACAAAAAGGGGAUCAUAGAAAAAUUAAGCAUUCUGUGGUUUUAUGAACAGAAAGGAGAGGCACACUAUUUGCACCUAUACAAUUUGAAUAACCUAAACAGCAAAGUGAUGUCUGUACCUAUCGACUCCUCUUUGGACUGUAUCGACGUGGUCUUCCUAAAUUCAUUUAUCCCCUUGGACUCCUUCUACAAUUCGACGAAGAACUACUACCUAAUGGUAGUAACCGAGUUAUCUUUUUACAUUUUUAACGUACAUCUGUAUUUUAAUUGUGAGGAGGACUAUAAUGUGUCCAUUAGUGAGCAGCUGAUAUAUCAGAACAUCUACCCAUUUUACUUCAACAUUUAUUUAUUUUUGCUUUUCAAGUUGGCAAAGGAAGACAAAAGAAGGCGUUUUUAUUUUGUGAAAUCUUUUGAGAAAAGUGAGAGGAUUUUCCUAGGUGCAGAUGAUGGCAACGUGUAUGAAUUUAUUUAUGAGAGGGAACAGCUUUUUAAACCUCUGAGCAUUUUUAAAAGAAUUAUUUUCACGACUCUGAGUGCGGUCGUGAAUGGAGUCAAUGAGGCGUUGUUUUCUCGCAACAGGUUGGAUGACUACUCGCUGCGUGGCGAUGACUCGUAUUCGGACGAGCAGAAUCGAAGCGCGAGUGGAAGCUACACCCGUAGUUACAGCGACAGCGGGUCCGCGAUCAGCAGCUACAGUCGGAGCAGCCCUCGAAGCAGGAGCCCUCGAAGCAGGAGCCCUCGAAGCAGGAGCCAGCGAACGGGCAGAAGCACCUCGCGCAGGAGCACCUCGCACAGCCACACCUCGCGUAGCCGCACCUCGCGCAGUCGCACCUCGCGAAGCCGCAGCAGGAGGACCCGAAGGACGAUUGGAAGUAGUCCUCACGGGAGUAGCCCCGACAGGAGUAGCCCUCACAGGAGUAGCCCGCACAGGAGUAGCCCGCACAGGAGUAGCCCUCACAGGAGCAGCCCUCACAGGAGCAGCCCUCACAGGAGUAGCCCUCACAGUAGGAGCCACAGCCCCUAUGUGGCAGGCCCACCCCCCCCAACGGAGCACUCAGACGAGGAAGAAGACCCACUAAACGAGUACAACAAGAAUAUCUACUGUGACGACAUUCAGCAAGUCCCAGUUAAGUACCAUUUGAAGAAAAUAAUUAGCACAUACUUUAUAAAAUAUUUUGCCUUCUUUAAAAAUAAAGUAAGGAAGAUGUUGGUGGAUAAUGAGAGAUCCAUUCUGUAUGUGCUUUAUGAGAAUAGCGAUCUGUAUGUUAAGCUGCUGAACAAUAUGGAUGGGGGGAGCUCUAGGAAUUACUUGUCCGAGACGAUUACUUUUACCAAGAGUGACCUCGUGUCGGAAAUGAGUAAUAUUUACUUUGUGGAUGAUAACUGCUUCGGGUAUGGAGAGGGAUUUGUUGGGGUCCCACCCGGCGAGGCGUUUUACGGCGGGAUGCCGGGGCGAACCGUUGGCGGAAGCCACGUAGGAGGGGCCAACCUGGGGGGCGCUAACCCUGGGGGUGGUAACUUUGGAGGUGGUAACUUCGGAAGUACCAACUUUGGAAGUGCCAACUUUGGAAGUGCCAACUUCGGAAGCGGUCCUCCACAAGGGCAGCCCUCCGAAGCGAACCGCUUCUUCUACCCAACGAACCUAGAGCACAGCGUACUGAACAAGCUCAGCAUCAUCGACAUGCACAUAAAUCACCUGCACGAGAGAAGCAACGUAUGUCUCAAACUUGUUGACAAUAAUUGCAACAUCUACUACCUCUCCCUCGUGAGGUCUCCCGAAACGAAUUCCUACAAAAUGGUGCUAAAGGAUUUCCAAAAUUUCCCCCACAAAAAAGGAUUACAGAUUAAUGACAAGGAGAACGAUAUUUUGUUCACGUAUCAUUUGAAGAACUUAUUCGUCGUUCUUAAGAAGAGGAAGUUACUAACAACAUGUGAUGAAGGUAGCGACCCAAGCAUAGGAAGCAAUCCAACCCAAUCGUCUACCUCCAAGAAAAAUAAAUUCCUUUUUAGGCAAUCUAAUGAGUACUACAUAAACGAAGAGAUUGUUGCCAUUUUAUAUAAAAAACGUAACUCAAAUUUUCAUGGAUUUUUUGAACAAUCUCAGAAGAGCAAUAUUAUUAAGGAUUUCUACAUGGACAGAAUUAGACAUGACAGCAUCAAUCGUUUGGGGUCUAAGAAUGAGCAGAAUGCGAUGAGGAUUGGUUAUGGAGGCAACUUGGACCCCAUGAGUGGGCCCUUGAGGGGAGACGAUGGCGGGCAGGCGAUGUACUUCGGGGGAGGCCCCGCAGCGGUCAGCACAGGCGCGGUUGGCAACCUUGGCGGCGUUGGUGCGGUUGGCAAUCUCGGGGGAGUUGGCAGUCUCGGGGGAGUUGGCAAUCUCGGGGGAGUUGGCAGUCUCGGGGGAGUUGGCAGUCUCGGGGGAGUUGGCGGCGUUGGCAACCUUGGCCACCUUGGCGGGGGCGCGCCCAACUACUACGACAGCGGCUUCAUGCCGAACAGAAACAGUUUCUUCUUUAAGGACGACGGAGGAGACCACCCCCGAAGGAGGUCCAUCAUCCCCGAACAGGCACCCGGACGCCUGGAAAGCAUACCCCCCUUCUUCCUAAACGAACACACCGUCAGUGAGUACCACGACUACUACGACCUUAUCAUAGUCACGAAGAAGCGAAUCUACUACAUUAGCCAAAAUAGCCGCACCCAAAUGAUAGAAAAAAUGGUGAAUAAUUUUAUAACUUACAAAAUGACAUCUCAAAAUAGGAACAUCAGAUGUGUGCUUCUGAAUGAGAUGCGAAUCAGGGGGGUGUGCAGUGGGGACGUCCGAGGUGGGGACGCACGAGGUGGGGACGCACGAGGUGGGGACGCCCGAGGUGGGGCCAAAUUGGAUAAUGACCCGUUUGCAGGGAGGUCUCCACCCUCGAUUGGGGUAGCGGCUGGGGUAGCAGGCGGGGCAGAAGCCGGGGUAGCAGGCGGGGUAGCAGGCGGGGCAGCAACCGGGGUAGCAGGCGGGGUAGCAGCCGGGGUAGCAGGUACAACCGUGGGGACCCCCGGAGGCAGCCCCUCCGCUGGGCUGAAUGACCCGAGUCAUCACGAAAUGGCCUACCACUACUACGUAAAUCAGAUCAUUAAAAUGGUUUCGAGGGAUGAGUUUUUGUAUGUCAUAUGGUCCAUGUUGCUGAAUCACGUAUACAGACACGAAAUCAUGUGCUUUAAUAACGUGAGUAGUAGUGGAGGUAGGAAAAUGCUUCGAGGAAGGAGCCAUGGGUAUCACCAUGACUAUGGGGAGGGGAGUGGUCCACAUGAGGAGGGGUGGUACUAUCGCCAUGGGGAUGCUUCAAUGCAGGGGAUGCACAGGAAAGGUUACGAACAAAUGAGCAGGAGAGGAGAUUACUACGGACCUCCUCCUUCUUACCCAAACCAGAAGGGGAAGAAGAAGGGACAAAGAGCUGUGCACUUCGAAGGAGGGGUAAACGAAAACGUAAGAGCGGCAUCUCCCUCUGCAGUAAAUGCAAGGAGACGAAGAAGGAGACGUGGUCGAAGCAGAAGCAACAGUAGCACGAGCAGCACCAUGGGGGGAAAUGAAUACGGAAGGAUGAAACACACAGGACAUAGAAAAACAGGAACGAAUCAAAUAGACUACGAUAUACUGAACAAAAUUUACAGACCCACCCCCUUCAAGUUUGGCUUCUUGGAUAACGAUGCGGAUUAUAUCAUCAAGCAAGGGAAGCUUCAACGAGCCAUGGAGCUAGAAAUUAAGACGAGAAAAAUUAAGGGUAUAAAUCACCUGUUUGACGAUACUAUGGACGGUUUAGAAGGGGAAGAAACAGAAGGAGAAGGAGAAGGGGAAGGGGAAAGAGGUGGUGAUGGCCGGAUGGGUGGAAGGUCGCUUCGCAUGUUGAAGGGUGAACCUGUUGCGGACCCCUCCAAUGAGAAAAUGCUGCAAAAUAAUUCAGGCUACUACAACUUCUUCAACGUGUGCCAGAAGAGAGCCACGAAGGAGAAGCUGCUGGAGGCGGAGAGGAAUCGAAGUGGAAAUUUUGCCUUUGAAUAUCUAACGAACAAAAAUUUCGACAUUUUUUUUUUGAAAAGUGUGAACAUGUACCACAACUCGCUGCAUGUUCUGUCGAGGGGGCUGCUCCUGCUGCUCAGUCGUUUGCUCAAACCGGUCAUGUUUAUCCAUUUGUUUUCCUACGAGAGGUACCGCGACACGCAGGUUUUCAGGUGCGCGGGGAGAGCGGCUAACGGGGGGGGAGCGGCCAACGGGGGAGCGGCCAACGGGGGAGCGGCUAACGGGGGAGCGGCUAACGGGAGGGCUGCUAACGGGAGAGCGGCUGACCGGAGAGCUGCUGACCGGAGAGCGGCUGACCUCCCUUGGAAGGCUAGGAAAGUGAUGCGGACGGCGGAGGGGGCCAGGGUAGACGGAAAUGUGGGCAUUUCAGUCAUUUCCAAGGAGAGAAGUGAUGAAAACGAGGAGGCCUUCUACAACAUGAAAGAUUUCUGUAUCGUCAGAAUGAAUGACGAAGAAAUUUACGCGAAGAAGAAGCGGAAAAGAAGUUGGUACGAAGGAAACGACGCUGUGUAUAUACUGACGGGGAAUGUCCCUCUAGACUGUUGCCUCAAUUUGAUAGAGAAGUUAAAGUGCUUAAACCUAUGCGUUAGUAUCAUCCUUACCACUGUGUUGAAAAAAAAAAAAGACUUCUCAGAAAAAAUUAAAGGAGUGACCGACCCAUCUAUUGCAAAUAUUUACUCAGAUUACACAGUCUUAAUGACGAACGAAGUAAAUGAGUUCUACGCUAUUUUGAAUUUUAUUAACUUCAGUAUUGAGUAUUUGCUUAUCUAUUCUAUCCUCAUAUGCGAUUAUUACAAAAAUAAGACAAUAAUGAGAAAAAAAAAUAUUGGGACGAACCAAAAUUUUUUGUACCUACCGAGUACUCUCUUCGAUCUACUCAUUAAAUGCAAUUUUAUGAAAACUUAUUUGAGCAAAACGUAUAGGGAUAUUCUGAAGCAGUUUAAUAUUAUCAAAUCAGGGAAAUACAUUCCUGUGGAUUUUUUCCAAGGGUAUAUAAUUCAUAAGAAUGAAUUUUUGGCUCUCUUUUUGAUUAAGAAAAUUGAGGAGGAGGUUUACAUGAAGAAGAAAAUGAAGAUAAAGAAUGACUACGGGGUGUUUCGUAGUUCUGGAGGACCUGGUGAACGUGGCCUCGGUUCGGGACUCCCCAAUGGAGACGCUCCCAAUGGGGGAAGCUUUUUUGGCGGUGGGAACACUGUUGGGAGAGAGAGUUCCAAUUUGGACAAAUUCGAUGACCUCCUCGCGUCGGAGAAACGGGCAGAACACUUCAUACACGAAAAUUUGAAAGACUCUCUCAUCAGCAUCAAUAUCUUCAAGCUGAUUAUCCUCCUGUACAAAGCGGACUACUACCGGUGCGCCAGCACACUCAUCACUCUGUACAUUAAUGCGUAUAAUAGGAAACUGCUCAUGGAGGGAGGGAAAAAAGGCAAGAGAGAAAAAUUUAUUGAAAAAAAAAGCACCUCCUGGUUAACUCAGGAUAUUUUGUUUUCUCACCCGAAUGGGGAUAGACCCACCAGAAAAAGAGUGUCCCUCCUGAUGAAUAACAUGGAUGUGGAAUACACAUAUGACUACUUUGUUCUUUUCGAAAACUGUUUCCUCCCUAUUGAGAAAAUUGUUUACGUGAAUUAUACAAAAUAUUUACUCAAACAUAAUGAAAAAAAAAAAAAAAAUUAAAUGAAUAUCCCCGAUGCUUAUGUGUAUUACUUUUCGGAGAGGAAAUAUCAGGACAUGGUGAUUUUUUACGCCAGACAAGGCUUCUGCGCGUGGGGAGAGCCUCACCUGGGGAAGCCCACCCUGAGGACUCUCUACCAUAGCGAGGUGCAGUCAGGGGGGCAGUCAGCGGGGCAGUCAGCGGGGAACUCAGCGGAGCAGUCAGCGGGGCAGUCAGCGACGCAUUCAGCGACGCAUUCCGCGACGCAGAGAGAGGAAGGAAACGCCCCCAGGGGGAGCCACCCCUUGGGCAAGAAGGGGACCAUUCUGGGCGACAAAGACCAGCGCGGGUCUGUCAAGAAGGACCCUCGCGCGGUGGCACCCGCCCCCCUGGGGAAUAACCUCCACAGAGGGUCCCUCCCCCAGGGAGACGCCAACGGUGCGAAUGAAGGAAGCGAUAGAUAUGGCAAAAUGGAAUUCACCACAGACCAAGGUGAUGGGAUGGAACCCACAGUGGACCACGACCCUUACAGCAGUGAACUGUUGGCCGAACUGGCCCACAACAACUAUAUAUAUGAAAAUAACUUUAUCGGAAAUAGCUACCUGAUGUCGAACCCUAUGUAUACGCAUGAGACGAAGGAAAUUUUUAGUAGCAUUUACAGAUACCUCUACUCCAUUUUAUCCUACCCAAGUUUAAAAAAGAGGAUCGAGUUUGUGGAGUGUUGCAUGAGAGCGAAAAUAUUUAUCAUUCAAUACAGUGCGAGGAGUUUGAAGGGAACAGGUUUGCACAAAAACACCUUCCUAAGUGAAUACCUAGAUGUGUAUGCUCGUGGUGGAGGGUUAUCCCAAGGAGGAAAGAACCAAUCGAGUGGGGUUGACGACCGAGGGAAUGAACGAGCAAAGAAGAAAAAGGCUUUGCAUGAGUUACUAAACACGAGUGUGACUUUGAAGAAAGAGGUUAUAAAAAACUAUUACGCGAUCGAUAAGGGAAUCACAUACGACCCGACCUUCGCAAACUCACUGAAGGAAUUGACCAGAAAAAACAACUGCUUUUUCAAACCGAAGGAAGACUAUCUGCAGAAACAAAGCACAUACUUUCUACACCUGAAGGAGAUAAAAAAAUGCAGAACGGCACUAAACUAUCAAAGGUUGCUCUUUCACGAAAUUGUUAAUUUAUUUGUCUUCUAUGUAUAUAAAUUCUGCAGUUGGGAUGUGGUGAAAAAUUAUUUUCCCAUUCUGAUGACCGGCACGAGAGAAGAUCUACUACAAGUACUCAUACAUUUAGAGAAUAUAAACAAAGAAGAAAUCGAUAUUAUGAAUGUCAUUACGGAUUAUAAUUAUAAAAUUAGAAAUCACCUGAACGGCAAGGUAAAUUUGAUACGAAUUGUUGAUAUUAUUGAUACGUUUAAGGAAUAUCUUUUUACGAUUCAGAAGAGUAUUCAUUCGAAAGAGGAACUGAAGGAUAGGAUAUUUUUCAAUAGUAAGUUCCUUUUUCAGAAUUUUUUACCAUCUUUUAAUCUGUUGAAGUUAAUAAUUUUGUGCGAUAAGAAGAAGGAAAAAAUAAAAAAUAUGAAUACGAACUGUUUUUCAACAGUCAAUCACAUGAUCAGGAAUGACAUAUCAAAAUGUAGUUCCCGUACCUUUGCCAAGUAUUCUUUUUACUUCGAGAGGUUACUCGACUUUGCCUUUUCCCUAUCCAUCACUUUUGAAAAUAUUAACUUUGUCAUUAAUUACAUUGGGGACGUGAUUAAAUUGAAUGACCUGAAAUUUAAAAAUUGUCUCUAUCUGCUCGUCACUGUGAAAUUGCACAAAUUUAUGAAUAAUUUGUUUGAAAUGCAAAAGGUUAGGAGUCUGAUGAAGAACAAGGUGGAGUUGCUACGGAAGAGGCAACAUAGUGGUGUGGGGGGACCUUUGCACUUGAUUUAUUUCCUCAGCUGUGUUCCUUUGAUUUACUUGGACCCCCAGAUGAACGUCAUUUUGAUUAAUGAGUCGUAUGAAUAUACCAUGAACCAGGACAGAAUUAUUUUCUCCAAACUCUCUCCCUUUUCGCUCGUCUCCAAGGCUGUGAACCACAAACUCAGGAGCGUCUACUCGUACCACGACUACACGGAUAACUACAAGGGGGAGGAGCAAUCUGGGGAGGAGCAAGCCGGGGAGGGGCAAGCGGGGGAGAGGCAAGCCGGGGAGGGGCAAAUCGGCGUGGGGAAACGCGGCGAGGAGUGCGCAGGGCUGGACGGAGCCAACAGCGGGACCCCCGCGGAGGACUUCCUCGCCAAGCAGAUCCAGCGGAACAGCGCAGCCAUCGACCACAACGACCGGAAGGCCCUCUACCACCUGUACAAUGUGAACUACUGCUUUAGCGAAAAUGACCACGGCCACACCGCGCGGGGAGGCCACACCGCGCGAGGAGGCCACACCGGUGGAAAGAAGGGUGUCCCGAACUCUGCUCCCCCGGCCCCGGAGUUGAUCGUCUUGACGUACAAAAACUACUGCUCGUACAUUGUAUGGAUUGCUAACCUUCUCCUUAAUCACAAAAUUGAAUACAAGGCGUUGAUCAAUGUGUAUGUUAAUAUCCAAAGCAACAUUAAACACCAGAAAGCAUCUCAAAUGGAAGAACACGAAAUUGCUGUCAUCCUUUACUACCUCUUUACCAUGUGGAUCAACGGAGACAAGAAUAACUGCUCCUUUUUUUUUUACAAUGAGGAAAAGAGUUUUAACGAGCAGAACAGUCUUGGCUGUUUUUUGAAGGACAAAAAUGGCCACGUCGAAUACAUAAAUAAUUGCUCUCUGAUCACCUUGUUGAAAGAACUGCUGUCCAGGGCGGAGUUUUACUUCGAAUACACAUCCGAUGCAGCUUCUCGGAAUUACGACAUCAGCUGUGUCAUUUUGGACCCCUCCAUAUAUGACAAUGAAAAGGUGAGCAAAUCGUCUGUGGAUAUUUUGAAGAAAUUUUUCGACAGCAUUUACGUCACCUUUAACGAGGUCAUGGCGAAGAUGCCCGUGCUCAACCACAUCGUCGAGUUCCAGGCCAUCCAGGCCUUCCUCAAGCGAUUCAAGGUUUACUUGGAGGAAAUCGCCUGCAGGAUCACGCUCAGCGAGGGACCCUUCCUCUGA